GACUCUGGUUGAGUGCAGGGGCAGCGCGGAGCCUAAGCAGCAGCUGCGGGCAAGCUCCUGGGCUCGGCGGAGACCGCAGUUCUUGCUCCCUGCCUCCGCCGCCGCAGUCUCAAGCCGUCGCCGCCGGGGGAGCGGCCGCCUAUUGUCUUUCUCUGCGGCGAAGGUGCGGAGCUGCUCCGAAUCCGCCCGAGGGGGAUCCCCGGGCGCCGCACGUGUCCUGGGUCAUGAAACUUAAUCCACAGCAAGCUCCACUAUAUGGCGAUUGUGUUGUCACUGUACUGCUCGCUGAAGAGGACAAAGUUGAGGAUGAUGUAGUGUUUUACUUGGUGUUCUCGGGUUCUACCCUCCAUCACUGUACCAGUACUCGGAAGGUCAGUUCUGAUACGCUGGAGACCAUUACUCCUGGUCACGACUGCUGUGAGACCGUAAGGGUGCAGCUGUGUGCUUCCAAAGAGGGCCUUCCCGUGUUCGUGGUGGCCGAAGAAGACUUUGAGUUCGUGCAGGAUGAGGCUUAUGAUGCAGCCCAGUUCCUGGCAGCCAGUGCUGGGAAUCAGCAGGCACUGAACUUCACCCGCUUUCUUGAUCGGUCAGGGCCCCCAUCUACAGAUGUGAAUUCCCUUGACGAGAAGGUGGCCCUGGCAUUCCGGCACCUGAAACUGCCGGCAGAGUGGAAUGUCCUGGGAACAGACCCAACUUUGCAUGAUGGCAGCCCCCGCGAGACGUUGAUGCAUUUUGCCGUGCGGCUGGGACUGCUGAGGUUGGCUUGGUUCCUGUUGCAGAAGCCGGGCGGCCGCGGGGCUCUCAGCAUCCACAACCAGGAAGGAGCGACACCUGUGAGCCUGGCCCUGGAGCGGGGUUAUCACCAGUUGCACAAGCUUCUGACCGAGGAGAAUGCUGGAGAACCAGACUCCUGGAGCAGUUUAUCCUAUGAGAUCCCGUGUGGAGACUGUUCUGUGAGGCAUCACCGAGAGCUGGAUGUCUACACGUUAACCUCCGAGUCCCAGUCACAUCCUGCACCCCCAUUUCCUGCAGACAGUUGCUCCGAGCACAUUUUUAAACUUAUGAACAUCCAACAGCAGCUAAUGAAAACAAACCUCAAGCAGAUGGACAAUCUUAUGCCCUUAAUGGUGACAGCACAGGACCCUUCAGGUCUGCCCACUGCCCAAGACACAGAUGGCUCACUUGUUCCCUGCGCAUCCAUGCCCACAGACAGCCAGCAGCUUUCUUCCCCUGCAGAUGCUGAGAGCUCCCCAUGCUGCUCAGGGACCACUGUGGGGCAGAGGGAAUGUUCCUCCGAUUUACCCAGUGUGGCUAAGGAAGAGAAUACAGACUGUUCCUGUAGGAAGAAAAAUAAAGGCAUGGAGAAAAAAGAGGAAGAGACGCAGCCAGCACCUACUGUGGACUCUGAAACUGUGUCUGAUCCCUACAGCUGCCUUCAGAGCAUGUCUGAUUGUGGAAGGAAGGGGACAGAAGGCCUUCCAUCCUGUGAAAUCAGAAGUGAAGAAACUAGACCCAAAUCUGCUGCAGUGGCCACAGCUCACGAGUCUCAGAGCAGUGGAGAGAGUGUCCUGCCAGGAAUCACAGUCACGGAACCAGGCACAGCCAAGCAUUUCCCCGGAGGUGAACUGGUAGUUGUCAGUGCAGCAGCAGAUGCUGGCGUCCCAGAGGCUUCAGGAGUCUCAGAAUGUGAUCUCGUGAACCCAGAUACCACCACCCAGAAAAAGGUGCUCGAAGUUGGGCAAAGUACAGAGGAGAGACUUGAGAACUCCAAUGUCAGCACCGCUGGAGCCUCUGAUGUAAACGGCACAAGGAAACCUGUGGAUAAAGCCGUUGUUUCAAACUGUGUUUCUGCCACCAGGCCCCUGGGUGGUGACAAACCUGCUGAGUCUUUUCUUGAACUGAGUAAUGGAGAAACCUCUAUUGAAAAAACUGCAGAAACUGAAACUUCAAGACUUUGUGAAGGGGGCGUGGGUGCUGCAGCAGAUCAGAACCCACUCAUCGUUCCAGCUGCUGCAAAUGACAAGAUUGCAGACGGCUUCCAACCACACACUCCCUUAGCAAACACAUGCGGGACAGUGUCGCUCUCUGGUUCAGCCUUCCCUGGGCCACAGAAAGAUGUUAUGCCAAACCAGAAAUCAGAAGCAAAUUCAUCUCAUGUUCAGAGCCAAAACGGCAAACCACUCAUCUGCUCUGCAACUGGUGACGAUAAACUUUGUGCUGCCUCUGCCCAUCGACAGGGCACAGUGACUUCUAGGGGUGCGUUAGCUUCAAAGCACUGUGACGGCGUAGUUACCCAGCCUGGAAGCACCACCACAGGACCGCCCGAUGCGCAGCAUACGCCCACUGCGGUCUUCUCGGAAGUCCCACAGGCUAACAAAGCCACCCCUGACUCUGUAAGAGGCACCCAGGAAGAUGUGGGUUUUAGUCCUCUUGAAGUUUCAGAUAAAGAGGGCCAAGCAGGAGAUUUGAACUUAAAAACAUCUUUACCAAAUAUGCUUGAGGUGGUUCCGCAUCCACAUGCCAUUUUCCCCAAAGCAAAGGAAGAAUCAGUGCCAGACCAGGCCGUGUCAUCAGGCAGGACUUGCUCUCUGGCUGGGAGUCCAGGCAGUGAAUCAGUAACCAAAGAUGACGCACUUGUCCCCUCCCAGAAAGAAAAGGGAACAGCAACUCCUGAACCACGUACCGCUACAGAUUGUAGAGAUGGCGGAGAUUCGAGUGAUCCAGAUAAGCAGCCACUAGAAGACAGUGCAGCAGGCCUGCCCACAUCCACUGCCCUGGAUCUUCAGCCCAGCAUGGGGAACACCAGCCCUAUAGGAUUUGGUGGGGAGCAGGAGGGUGCCUGCCUUUCAGCAGCCCCAGAAGUUCUGAACAUCGAGGGGGACACUGACUCUGCCGGGCUACAUAUGGGUAAGGCCCCUUUGGCUUCUGAUUCCAGUUUGACUGAAGAAGGAAGAAAGCUGGUGGUUCCAGAACACUCUGCAGCUCAGGGACAAGACGACAAGUUCAAAGCAGUGAUUUGUUCCUCCCUUAAGGAAGACACUUUUCCUUCAGGAGUGUUGCGAGAAGAGCAGAGAACAGACCCUCCUAAACAGGAGUUACCAGGAGCCCAUGGAGAACCUAGCUCAGCUGCCUGUGCCGAGGAACAAGUGCGUGAACACAGUCACUCGCGGGACACACCCUCAGCCUGUCUGAACGCAGAAACUAAACAUAACAAGGAAGUGGCCCCACCAGUCUCACUACUGACUGAAGGUGGGGCUGCACAGAGCCCGGUGCCACCGGGAGCAAGUCUGGCCGCAGACCCAAGCCAGGAAGCCUUGGGUGCAGAGCAGAGCAGCUCACCUCUGCCACCAGGCCUAUUACCAGGUGGGUCUGAGGCUCUUCAUUGCAAUGGAGCUUUCGCUCUGAAUGUUGGCGUGAAAAACACUCAAGCCCAGGGGAAGACCACUGCUUGUGAGGCGAGUGGAAAUAUGGCAUUGGAUGUUGCCGUGGUUAAUGCUCUGCCAGCAACUGUGGAAGCCAGAAGAAAGGAUUUAUCACGCCACGCACAAGACCUCCGGAUCCCAGGAGUCUCAUUGAACCGAGAGAACAGUGUGAUCCAGGGUUUGCCCAUUGUUUUACCAGACAAAGGUGAGACUGACUUUGCAGUUGCUGCACCCCCAGAGGUGGCGACUCCUGGUUGGGAGAAAGGGAAGCGGGAGAGAGCCAGCCUCAGCUGUAGCAUGGGCGACGCCGAGGGUGCGCAAAUGAGCGAUGACGCACGCCACGUCCUACCGCAGCCCGUUGCCAGAGAGCUCCCCGCAGAGACAGGGCUCUCCACCAGUGACGACAAGGCCCCGUGCAGGGACAGGGGGGCUCCCCCUGUACCUUAUGCUGUGUCUGCUGGAGCCGGACCUCUGCCUCAGAGAGCAGACUCGAUCGAGGAGGCUGCCAGUCGUAUAGUGGAUGCUGUCAUAGAACGGGUCAGGGCCUCAGGCGCCCUGCUCACAGAGGGGGAAAUCAGUCACGUGUCACCGGCUAGUCCUUCAAAGUCAGGUCCAGGGACUGAACAGCUGGAGAGCGCUUCUGUGGGGAAAGAGAUCACUCUCCCUCCUGAGGAGUCCACACACAUGGGCAGUUUUCAUGAAGAAGCCCCUGGGAACCCCUCAGAAGGUAUUGCUGGAAGGGAGGAGCCAGAGAAGAUAAUUCAGCCUGGUCAAGGACCUGAGCCGGCAACAGAAAUGCCGGACACCAAAGCUGACGAUGAAGUGGAUUUUCUGAGGGACACCAGGGGGAGUUCGGUUUCUGAGGAGGUGGCUGUAGGCGACACGGCCGCUAUGCCUGCAGUGGCCAGGCAAGGCCCGAAGACCCAGGCGAUAAACCGAGAAAGCUGGUGUACGAUAGAGCCGUGUGCGGAUGCGCCGUCUCUCUUGCCCCCCACGCAGAGCCCAGAAUGUGAGAAUUUCCUGGAUGUUGGGCUGGGCAGGGAGUGCGCCCCCAAACAAGGCAUACUUAAAAGAGAAUCUGGGAGUGAUUCCGACCUCUUCCACUCGCCCACUGAAGAAGUGGACAACAUUGUCUUCUCCAAGCCCGAGGAGGAGCAGUUGGUCUGUGACAUCACCGGAUCCAGUUCCUCCACCGAUGACACAGCUUCCCUGGACCGACAUUCGUCUCACGGCAGUGAUGUGUCCCUCCCCCAGAUAUCGAGUGUGAACAGGGCCAGGGACCAGCAGUCUCUCGAUGGCUUCUCCAGCCUUGGGGUGGGGGUCGAGGGUCGGGAGAGUGAGAGUGAACCUGCUGGCUCAGGUGAGAUGGAAGAGGAGGAGAUGGACAGCAUCACCGAGGUGCCUGCAAACUGCUCUGUGCUGAGGAGCUCCAUGCGCUCUCUGUCCCCUUUCCGGAGGCACAGCUGGGGGCCUGGCAAGAACGCGGCCAGCGAUGGUGAAAUGAACCACCGGAGUUCAAUGCGUGUUCUGGGGGAUGUUGUCAGGAGGCCUCCCAUUCAUAGGAGAAGUAUGAGCUGGUGUCCCUCUGGUGUGCAAUACUCUACUGCCCUGAGUGCUGACUUUAAUUACAGAAGUUUCAGCCUAGAAGGCUUGGCAGGAGGAGAUGGUGUCGGAAACAAACCGUCCUCAUCUCUGGAAGUCGUCAGCUCUGCGAACACCAAGGAGCUCAGGCACCCUUUCAGUGGUGAGGAGCGGGGUGACUCUUUGGUGUCCCUUUCGGAAGAGGAUCUGGAAUCAGGCCAGAGAGAACAUAGGAUGUUUGAUCAGCAGACCUGUCACGGAUCUAAACCACAGGGAUUUAAUUACCGUACAUCAGCCAUUUCUUCUACAUUGACAAAAUCCAUCUCAUUAAUGACAAUCAGCCAUCCUGGGUUGGACACCCUGCCGCCGCCGCCGCCGCCCGCGAGGCAGAUCUCCUUCUCCAUCAGCAUCUCUCCGCUCCUCCUUAAGUCUAAAACUCUCUUUUCUCUGGGCUCUUCUCAUUCCAGUGAUGAGGAGGAGGAGUUACAGUAUUCCCGGCCUUUCCACAGCACCAGUGCUAACCUGACAGAGAGUAUAACAGAAGAGAACUACAACUUCCUACCCCAGAGCCCCUCCAAGAAGGAUUUUGAAGGGAAGAGCGGCACGAAAGUCAGCCGCACUUUCAGCUACAUCAAGAAUAAAAUGUCCAGCAGUAAAAAGAGCAAAGAAAAAGAAAAAGAGAAAGAUAAAAUUAAGGAGAAGGAGAAGGAUUCUAAAGAGAAGGAGAAGGACAAGAAGAACCUCAAUGGCCACUCUUUCAGCUCCAUGCCUGUCGUGGGCCCGAUCGGCUGCAGCCAGUGCACAAAGCCUUUCACCAACAGGGAUGCCUACGCUUGUGCAAACUGUAGUGCUUUUGUCCACAAAGGCUGCAGAGAAAGUCUGGCCUCCUGUGCAAAAGUCAAGAUGAAGCAGCCCAAAGGGAGCCUGCAGGCACAGGACACGUCUUCCCUGCCCACGGUCAUCAUGAGGAACAAGCCUGCGCAGCCCAAGGAGCGCCCUCGAUCCGCGGUCCUCCUGGCGGACGAAACCCCUGUGGCCACCAUGUUUGCUCACAGGCGGUCCCAGCAGAGCGUGUCACUGUCCAAAAGCGUCUCCAUACAGAACAUUGCUGGAGUCGGCAACGACGAGAACAUAUCGAACACCUGGAAAUUCCUGUCUCAUUCCACAGACUCGCUAAAUAAAAUUGUCAAGGUCAAUGAGUCCACAGAAUCACUUACGGAUGAGGGAGUAGGUACAGAUAUGAAUGAAGGACAGCUGUUGGGAGACUUCGAGAUUGAGUCCAAACAGCUGGAAGCAGAGUCCUGGAGCCGGGUAGUGGACAGCAAGUUUCUGAAACAGCAGAAGAAAGACGUGGUGAAGCGGCAAGAAGUGAUCUAUGAGCUGAUGCAGACGGAGCUGCACCACGUCCGCACGCUCAAGAUCAUGAGCGAUGUGUACAGCCGGGGGAUGAUGACGGAGCUGCUGUUCGAGCAGCAGAUGGUGGAAAAGCUGUUCCCGUGUUUGGAUGAGCUGAUCAGCAUCCAUAGCCAGUUCUUUCAGAGGAUCCUGGAGCGGAAGAAGGAAUCCCUGGUGGAUAAAAGCGAAAAGAACUUUCUCAUCAAGAGGAUAGGAGAUGUGCUUGUAAAUCAGUUUUCAGGGGAGAACGCAGAACGCUUAAAGAAGACAUAUGGCAGGUUCUGUGGGCAGCACAACCAGUCCGUGAACUACUUCAAAGACCUGUAUACCAAGGAUAAGCGUUUCCAGGCGUUUGUAAAGAAGAAGAUGAGCAGCUCAGUCGUGAGGAGGCUCGGCAUCCCAGAGUGCAUACUGCUGGUGACCCAGCGCAUCACCAAGUACCCCGUUCUAUUCCAGAGGAUACUGCAGUGCACCAAAGACAACAAAGCGGAGGAGGAAGACCUGGCUCACUCCUUGAGCCUGGUGAAGAGUGUGAUCGGAGCUGUAGACAGCGAAGUGGCCAGUUACGAAAAGAAAAUGCGUCUCAAUGAGAUCUACACAAAGACAGACAGCAAGUCGAUCAUGAGAAUGAAGAGCGGUCAGAUGUUUGCCAAGGAGGACCUGAAGCGGAAGAAGCUGGUGCGGGACGGGAGCGUGUUUCUGAAGAACGCGGCAGGGAGGUUGAAAGAGGUUCAAGCAGUUCUGCUGACUGACAUCCUGGUUUUCCUUCAAGAAAAAGACCAGAAAUACAUCUUUGCGUCAUUGGACCAGAAGUCCACGGUGAUUUCCUUAAAGAAGCUGAUCGUGAGGGAAGUAGCACAUGAGGAGAAAGGCUUGUUCCUGAUCAGCAUGGGCAUGAAAGACCCGGAGAUGGUGGAGGUCCACGCCAGCUCCAAAGAGGAGCGGAACAGCUGGAUCCAGAUCAUCCAGGACACGAUGAACACCCUGAACAGAGAUGAAGAUGAAGGAAUCCCUAGUGAAAAUGAGGAAGAAAAGAAAAUGUUGGACACCAAAGCCCGGGAAUUGAAAGAACAACUUCAGCAAAAGGACCAGCAGAUCCUGCUCUUACUGGAAGAAAAGGAGAUGAUCUUCCGGGACAUGGCUGAGUGCAGCACCCCUUUGCCAGAGGAAUGCUCCCCAACUCAGAGCUCUCGAGUCCUCUUCCGGGCCAACACAGAAGAGGCUCUCAAAGGAGGACCUUUAAUGAAAAGUGCAAUAAAUGAGGUGGAGAUCCUUCAGAACCUGGUGAGUGGGGGCCCGGGAGGCCCGCUCGGGCAGGCUGUCGGCAGCCCCGCUGGGCAGGAAGGCACGGUCGGCCCCGUGUCCUUGCCCCGGAGGGCAGAGACCUUCGGCGGAUUCGACAGCCAUCAGAUGAAUGCUUCAAAAGGAGGUGAUAAGGAAGAGGCAGAUGAUGGCCAAGAUCUUAGGAGAACAGAGUCGGAUAGUGGUCUGAAAAAGGGUGGAAAUGCUAACCUGGCAUUUAUACUUAAGAGAAACAAUGAGCAGGUGGCCCAGAGCAUCGUCCAUCUCCACCAGCUCCUCAGCACUCUGCAGGGGGUAGUGUUGCAGCAGGACACCUACAUCGAGGACCAGAAGCUGCUGCUGGCCGAGAGGGCGCUCACCCGGAGCCUGUCCCGCCCCAGCUCGCUCAUCGAGCAGGAGAAGCAGCGCAGCCUGGAGAAGCAGCGCCAGGACCUGGCCAACCUGCAGAAGCAGCAGGCGCAGCACCUGGAGGAGAAGCGCAGGCGGGAGCGCGAGUGGGAGGCCCGGGAGCGGGCGCUGCAGGAGCGCGAGGCCCGGCUGGCCCAGCGCGAGGAGGAGGUGCAGCGGGCGCAGCAGGACCUGGAGAGGGACAGGGAGGAGCUGCAGCAGAAGAAGGGCGCCUACCAGUAUGACCUGGAGAGGCUGCGCACGGCCCAGAAACAGCUGGAGAGGGAGCAGGAGCAGCUGAAACGGGACACGGAGCGGCUCAGCCAGCGGCAGGUGGACCGCGACGCCUGUCAGGUUUCACAUCGACACACCAAGCUGCUGAAGAUCCCGUCCUUCCUCCCCAAUCCCGAGGAGUCCCCCUUGCCUUCUGCACCUUCGAUAGCCAAAUCGGGCUCGUUGGACUCGGAUCUCUCAGUGUCCCCCAAAAGGAACAGCAUUUCUCGGACACAGAAAGAUAAGGGGCCUUUUCACAUACUGAGUUCCACCAGCCAGACCAGCAAAGUCCCAGAGGGUCCGAGCCAGACCCCGGCGCCCACCUCCUCCUCCUCCUCCACCACACGCCUGUUUGGGUUACCAAAGACAAAGGACAAGAAGGAGAAGAAGAAGAAGAGCAAAGGAGACCGCUCGCAGCCCCGUGACGGCCCUGCAUCAGAGGUGCCCACAGAGGGUGAAGAGAUCUUCUGCUGACCCCAUUCCUCUGCCGGCAGUGUCACCAGCCCUGCCCUCCCGCGUCCCUGCGUGUCCACUCUGUCCCGUCGACACCGUGCUCCGCAAGUGUCUACUGCUCCGCACCGCCCCAGGCCGUGGACAUGAGGAACGAGUGGUCCCGAGUGACAGGGUGGGUAAGGUGGCCCCAGACUUACCCACCCAGGUCACUGCCCUCGACUCUCGGGGUGGGGCCGGCCUUCCUGAGGAUGUUACACUGAGAAGAAUGUCCCCAGAAGUCCAGGCGCUGGUCUUGGACAUGUCAGGAAUUCCUAAAAGCUAAACGAACGUUUCCAGAUGAGGGGUGCGUGCUGGCUUCCCUUCAUUUUGGGGAACACAAUUGAAAGUCGGACAGCAGGCAGUGUGGACUUCCUGUGUGCGCGUCGACGGUAGCCGUCGGCACAGACGGGGUGCGGCAGAACCGUGCACCUUCUGUCCCAGACACCCCUUGCAGGUGGCUUGCAGGUGCUCGGCCUCUCGCCUGCUAGGCCCCUGAGGCGGUGUCGUUCCCUGCCCACCUCACCCCUGUGGACAUGGGUUUCUCAUUUCAUUUCAGAAGGGAUGACAAACAUUUGUGAAAACCAGUGAGAAUGGACCUGGUGUGUUUCAAAACCAUGAGAUCUGCACCAGCUUGGUUUUGGUGUUUCAGUCACAGCCUCUAGCGAUUUCGUUAGUCGGUUCCGGAAGAAAUUCUGCACUGGCUUUCCAAGGUGUUUGCCACAUAAUCCCGGCACGGAUGAAGUAGAGAGGCCUCCUCACUGUUACCCUUGCAGCGUGACACUUUCUGGUUGUCACUGACCAUUCAGAAAUGGCCACGGCCUCCUGGCAGUGUUCCUGAGACCUCGUGCGGUAACCCCCGAGAGCAGUUGCUCCUGCCUGACCCUCCCUGUGGGAGACAGCGGUCCCCUCAACGUUCCACCAAUGGGGACCGCGUGCUCCCCCUGCAGGGAGCUUGUCCCCACCCUGUACUGGGACAGCUGGCCGAGAAGGAGGGUCAGUGAGGGUGUGAGCACCCACACUGUGGUUUCCACCAGUGCAGAGAGAAGAGGCGUGGCUUGCGAAGGUUCUCAUUCUGUGUCACGGGGCCUUGGCAAAAUCUAAUUUCUUAAAAAAAAAUUUUUUUUAAUUUAAAGGUUUGUUGGUUCUUACACUCGGAUGCUUGAUGAUGCCUGUGUUUUAUGCCACCUGUGUUUUAUGUUCUUUUCCUUUCUCCUUCUUUUCCUUCUGCGUUGGCAUCUGUGUCUGUUUUCAGCUUGUCACCGGCUGGCAGGUGCAGGACGGUUCAUGGGUGACAUUUCCCUCCGAGGCCCCACACGCCUGCCAUGCUGGUAGCUCCCAGGGGGCGAGACUGGGACAUUCUCUGCUUUAAAUGUGGCCUUUGAUCCCUGCUUUCGCCCCUUAGGAGCUGGGUCUUUGACCAUACUUUUUAAAAACAAAAAAAAACCCUGUAACUUGGUGCUUGUUGAUGAAUUGCAAGCUGGCCUUGCAGAUGGAGAUAUUUAUCUUUCAGUUUAUUUGAAAGAGGUCUGGUUUAAAAUUGUUAGCCUAGAUUUGUUUUAUUUAUUGUGUGUGUCUGUGUGUCUGUGUGUGUCUGUGUGCGUGAUAAGGAUGAACAUACUAUUCCAACGGUUUCAACUAUCUGAUCACUACGGAGAAGGAACAGUGGCCCGUCUGCUCACUCCUCGGUGUCUGUCAAAGUGCCUUGAAGGCCCAAAAGAAAUUACCACUGGGGGAGGGGUCCCUUUCCCUCCCUCCUCCCACCCCACCUCGUUCUUUGAUCAAGGGAUGUCUUCCUGCUUGAGAGCUAAGAAACUGGCCGCCUAUGAGGGACCUUCGCCUGUUUUUGUCAUUGAGAUUUCUUACCUUUCAGUAAUAGACUUUAGGGAAGAAACUGAGUUUUCUCUUGAAAUCAUGAUGUAAUACCCCCCGCCCCUCCACCCAAAGACCCUAAACAGCAAAAGCUACGUUGCUUGCUUCCUUCUGCCAGGCCCCCAGCUUCAAGGCGCAGCCGUGGCCGUGCUGGCUUUCCUGGGAGCCGCGUGGAGCUCCGGGUGUCACUUGCUGGAUGGAGGCAGCCCCGCGGCUUCGUGUUGCACAGAGAGAAGUGCUCUGCCAGAAAGGGCACUGGCCGACCUCCUUCCUCUGGGUCGGCGCGGGCCCGGCCACCUGUGCCCCGGGCUGCAAACAGGAAGGGCUUCGUGCCCAAGAGGUUGGCGGUCACGCAUGCCCUUUGCAGAGGCGCUGCGGGCUCUGAGCACUGGACCAGGCCGCACAGCGCGGUUCGGGUUUCAGCCCCACAGACCCGUGCUCUCCACCCGCCGUGGUGUCUCCCCUUGGGCGUGGAGCUCGGGGCUUCGGCUGCUGCACUCGUGCUUCUGGCCCCGAGAACGGCUCUGGCCAGCCGGGCUGAGCCCCGUCGGGGAGUCUUCCCCGUGAUGAGCGGUUGUCUUCCGGGGCGACGCAGAUUCAGUUCCCUGCGGUCAUCCCACGUGAGAACGCCGUGCUCCUCCAUCAAGCUCCAGAAGUCAGAUGCCCCAGAUUGAGUUUAAGUUUUGGGGGGUGGAGAGAGACACCUCCCAGAGUCCCCAGAUUUUCAGAACCUAGGAAAUGUUCUGGAAGGACGGCGUAUCUUCUCUCAGUUACAUCAUCUCAGUGGUUGUCAUCCUGCCUGGUGGCACGCCAGCAGGUUGGCUUCAUUGUUGUGACAACUGUGUCGACUGGUUUCUUCUUUGAACACGGAGAGAGUUAAAAACGUACAAAUUGCUAUAAUUCAGCCUUUGCCAACACGCCAUCUUCUCCCGUCACAAGGGCUGUCUGUGGGCAAGACACCUGUGUCAAGAUGGUUUUUGGAAAGGUACGAACCUUACCCCUUUUCCUCUUAUGUCUCAGGGUAAUGCCACUGAAGGUGGUCCCUUCGCUCGUCUGCUCCCUUCGUCCCCCGCCCUCCCCCCACCCCGGCGCGAGUGGCAGUGAGCACAGAUGUGUAAGAGAGCCUUGGGGUUUGUCGGACCCUUCUUGGAGUGGAGGGGAGAUGGCGUGGAGGGGUUUAGUAACAUAGGCUGCCUGAAGUAAAAGUGAGAGCCACAAUCUUAGAGGCCAGAACCUGAUCCGGAAGUUUCGGUUCACGGAAGUGGUUCCUGUUUCAUCCUUCUGUUUCCAAGGCUCUUUACCUGCAGCUGUUUCUUUCUUCCCGAGGAUUUUGGAACGGACAUGGGAACGGCAGUUUACUUCGGUGUCGAUGGGUGGCCGGUUGUGCCCAGAGGACAGCCAAGCCCUGGGAGGGCGUUAGAGAGAUGGUCCUGGUGGGUGGGCUCCCGUGGCCAUAAAGAGGGUGGACCGCUUGGAGGGGACACAGCAAAAGGGCAUCCACAUCAGCCCCUGUCCCCCCGCCACCCCUUUGCUGGGAUGCCCAUGCAGUGUGGAGCCGGGAAUGCGCCCGUGGAGUGCGUGGUCGGCGGAGGUUGAGAGAGAGGCCGGCCGGCCUGCCUGCCUGCCUGCCUGCCUGCCUUGAGCAGGGCCGGUGGACACGCACACGACCCAGGUCCCGACUGGCCGGGUGCCAGCCUGUUUGCUCUUCUGACCGGCCCUCAGAGGCAAGGCUGGGGGCGAAGAGUUGGUUUCGGUUCGGUUCCUCCUUUUUCCUUCAACAUAGCACAACAUUCCUAGUUAACCAGAGUUUAGAAUCUACUGCCUGCUGGCCAGGUUUUAAAAUGAGAAGUAUUUUAAUGCUGCCAUAAAAAGAAAAAAACAGAACAAAGGCUUCUUUCCAUGGCCUCCUGGCCCAAUUUAAUUUGUCAGAAAGAUGACAGGCCUUGCAUUAGUUCUCCAUCUCACUAAGGUUUGAAGAUGGGCAAACCCAAGUGGCUCAAGUCUCUCGCACCACAGACCGUGCAGACCUGCUGCACACGCCCAGUCUGAGUCGGCCCGUGCCGGGGCCUCCCUGCUGGGAGCCAGAGGGUCUGGCGCCCCCGGCCUCCGUGCACCCCGGGUCUUCACCCAGCCUGAACGCCUCUGCCUCUGCAGCCGCCUGACCGCAGGGCGGAGAGAGCGCUCCGCCGGGGACCUGCCCUGUGGUCGUGUUCAGCCUGUGGUUUCCCGUGUGUCACGCACCCUGUCACCCCGCCGGGGGCGCGGGGGGGUGAUCGCACACACCUCAUACCUCUGCUUCUGCUCGGCGUUUCCCACGCUAGGUGAGCAUUCCUGUGCUAAAUCCUGUUCAGUAAGAAGUGGUUAAAACCAAGAUGCUGUACAGUACUUUGUAAUUAUGUAUAAAGUAAAAAGCUGUUUUAAACUAUAAAGAUUUUUUUUUCAGUGUUUUCUGGAAUUUUACCAUGACAUACUGGCUUUGUAUUUUAUUUAUCUUCUUAUCUAGUAACUGGCUUCAGAUUCUUGUAAAAUUCUUUUCGACCCUUCCAAAAAAAUAAAUGUCCUCUAAGUCUUCA